AUGGACCUUCUUUUGCCCAAAUGGCCUGAGUUACAAAGCACUGGAAGAAUGCUUCCUAAGAAUAUCUUCUGCAGCUGGAGCGCCAAGACUGUGAGGCCCGAAGGCGAGAAGCCGCACGAAUUCGAGUCUGGCAUCCCUCAGGCGCUGCGUGAGCUGGAGAUGACCACAGACCUCAAGGCUCGUCUCUGGCUACUCAACAUCACUGCAGUCAAGAAAACUGAAGUUGGUGGUGGUUGGACAGCGAUCAUAAUUUUUGUACCAGUUCCUCAGCUAAAAUCUUUCCAGAAAAUCCAAGUCCGGCUAGUUCUUGAAUUGGAGAAAAAGUUCAGUGGGAAGAGCAUGGUCUUCAUUGCUCAGAGGAGGACUGUGCCCAAGCCAACUCGGAAAAGCCAUGUGAAAAAUACGCGGAAGCACCCCCGAAGCCGCACCCUGACAGCAGUGCAUGAUGCCACCCUUGAGGACUUGAUCUUCCCACGUGAGAUUGUGGGUAAGAGGAUCCGUGUGAAACCGGCUGGCAGCCGGCUCACAAAGGGUCAUUUAGGCAAAGCACAGCAGAGCACCGUGGAGCACAGGGUGGAAAUCUUUUCUGGUAUAUGUAAGACGCAAACAGGCAAGGAUGUUAACUUGAAUUCCUAG